UCAUUCAACCGACAAGAUGACCACUCUCAGUGUUAAGGACAAGGACACAGUCAAAGCCUUCUGGGCUAAAGUGUCUGGAAAGGCGGACGAGAUCGGCGCCGAUGCUGUGGCCAGGAUGCUUGUGGUGUACCCGCAGACCAAGACUUACUUCUCCCACUGGAAGGACCAGAGCCCCAACUCUCCCGCUGUGAGGAAGCACGGAGUGACUGUGAUGUUGGGAGUUGGAGAGGCUGUGGCCAAAAUCGACGACCUGAAAGCAGGUCUUGCAAGCCUCAGUGAGCUGCAUGCCUUCACUCUGCGUGUGGACCCUGCCAACUUCAAGAUUCUCUCCCACUGCAUCCUUGUGGUCAUGGCCACCAUGUUCCCCAACGAAUUCACCCCUGAGGUCCAUGUGUCUCUGGACAAAUUCCUGGCUUCUGUGGCUCUGGCCCUGUCUGAGAAGUACCGAUAAACAGCAGGAGAAGAAG